AUGCAGUAUUACAAAAGCUGCAUGGAAUCAAGAAUGGGUGUUUGCUUGGAUAGGAGAAUUGCAAUUGAAGCUGCAGAUGGUCUACAAAAGGCAGAGAAAGUUGCUGAGAGUUUGCAUAGGUCUGCUGAACUCUUAAAACAGAAAACUUGUGAUGCUGCAAGCCGUGCUCUAGAAAUUAUUGCCGAUGCAUUGUCCAUAAGCAGCUAUUCAGAAAAGUUACUUGAAAUGAAAGGAGAAAGUUUAUGCAAGUUGCAGAAGUAUGAUGAGGCAAUUAAGCUGUGUGAGCAAACUCUUGAUUUUGCUGAAAAGAACUUUGCUUUACAUGACACAAAAAACACGAAUGAUUCCGUAAGGCUGUGGAGAUGGCGCAUUAUGUCAAAAUCCUACUACCAUCUUGGGAAGCUUAAGGCAGCUCUUGAUCUGAUCAAGAAGCAAGAGCAAGUAAUUUUUGUCAAUGAUGGAUCUGGAAACGAAUCUCAGAAGUCAUUGAUUCCUUUAGGCACUACUAUUCGUGAACUUUUAGCCCACAGGAAAGCCGGAAAUAAAGCUUUCCAAUCUGGAAAGUUCGCAGAAGCAUUGGAUCAUUAUAAUGCUGCUAUUUCAAAAAGUGUUGAAUCACAGCCUUUUGCAGCCAUCUGCUUCUGCAACCGUGCUGCAGCCCAUCAAGGUUUGGGACAGAUUAUUGAUGCCAUUGCUGAUUGCAGUGUAGCCAUGGCUCUAGACGAAAAUUAUGCAAAGGCAGCUUCAAGGAGGGCUACUUUGCAUGAGAUGAUUAGAGACUAUGUGGAUGCAGUUACUGAUCUUAAGAGGCUUAUAUCCCUACUAGAAAAUGAAGCACAAGAAAAAGCUGGCAGUUUCUCGGAAGUAUUAAGAAAAGCUCGCCAACGUCUCUCCUCAGUUGAGGAGAAGGCAAAAAGUCAAAUUCCUUUGGAUCUUUAUCUCAUACUGUGA